AUGAGUGAAGUUGAGGAACAAACUUUAAUAAAAGAUGCAUCAAUGAAUGAACCAACAGAUAAAACCACCACUGAAGGCGAUAAUGGUGGUGAAAAUGAAAAUGAAAAUGAAAAUAUAGCAGAAGGUGGUGAAAAUCAAGAAGAUAAUAAUAAUAAUAAUGAGGGGGAGGAAGAAGAAGAGGAGGAAGAGGAAGAGGAGGAAGAAGAAGAGGAAGAUGAAGAAUCAGAUGACGAUGAUGUUGUUGUACUUUUAGAUCAAGAAAGUGUUGAAGCAUCAUCGAGUAAACCUGGUGCAACAUUUAGAACUACACCAAAUAAAUUUUCAUAUAGAAAUCCAUCAUCGAUUACACCUGGGUCAGGUGGUAAAUAUAUGUUAACAAAACAAACACCAACAGGUGGUGGUGGUGGUGGUAGUGGUUUCAAUUCAGCUAAAUCAAAUCAAAAAACAAUCUUUGAAUUUGAUAUCGAAUCAUUUGAAGAGAAACCUUGGUUAAAACCAGGUGCUGAUAUUUCAGAUUAUUUCAAUUAUAAUUUCACUGAAGAAACUUGGAAAGCCUAUUGUGAAAGACAAAACACAAUGAGAAUGGAAUUAAAUAAUUUAGGUAAAAUUAAAGGCUAUGAAAGUAAUAAACCAAAUAUUGGUGGUAAUACCACUGGUGGUACUGGUGGUAAUGGUAUUGGUGAUAAACCAAAUAUUACCAAUGGUAAUUUAGGUGUUGGUGUUGGUGGUGGUAUUGGUGGUGGUAGUAGCGGUAGUGGUGGUAGUAUAGUUGGUGAUUUACCACCAGAGUUACAAGGUGAUAAAUUACAACAAGGAAUUCAAAGACCACAAUUUAAACGACAACCAAGUAGAUCUGAUAUUAAUGAUGAAUCAAAUUUAGAUCAACAACAACAAACUGAUGGUAGAUUUAAUAGAGGUGGUCAACAACAAAUACCUCCUCAACAACCACAACCACAACAACAACAACAACAACCACAGCCACAACAGUAUCAAACAAAUUAUCAAAGAGAUAGAAUUUAUAAUCAAGAUUAUCGUGGUAGUGGUAGAACAUAUAGUACAACUAAUCAAUAUGAGGAUGAUAGUAAUAAUAAUAAUAAUGGUAGUGGUAGUGGUGGCGGUAGUGAUAGAAGAAGAAAUGAAAGUUCAUCAUCAUCAUCAAGAGGUGAUUCUGAUAGGGGUGAAAGAGAAAGAGAAAGAGAUAGAGAUGAUAGAGAUAGAAGUGAAAGAGAAAGAUCGGAUAGAGAUAGAAGUGAAAGAGAAAGAUCAGACAGAAGUGAAAGAGAAAGAUCAGAUAGAGAUAGAAGUGAAAGAGAAAGAUCAGAUAGAAGUGAAAGAUCAGACAGAGAUAAAACAAGUAGUAGUAGUAGUAGUAGUAAUAAUAAUAGUAGUUCAUCAACAAGAGGUAGUGAUAGAUAUGAUAGAGAAAGAGGGGGUGAUAGAGAUAGAACCUCUGAAAGUAGUAGUAGAGGGAGUGAUAGAGAUAGAGAUGAUUAUAAAAGUAGAAGUAGUAGUAAUACUGGAGGUAGCAGUAGUAGUUUAAGAUCAGACAGAGAUUCAAGAACACCAAGUAAUACAAGUAGUAACUACUCCUCUUCUAAUCCCUCUUCUUCUUCCUCCUCCUCAGAUUAUAAAAGAAAGAAUUAUAAUACUGACAGUAAUGAUAGAUCAAAGAAAAGAAAAUAA